AUCUGAACUGGGCUGAGCUCUACAUACUCUCUCAGGCAGCACAGGGGUAGAGCCUGCUUUCAAUCAAUAACCUCUGGAAUUCAGAAAUACAAGUAGGUCCUGUCUCUGGCAGGCUCUGCCACACUCUUGUGGACGGCGGACUCCCUAGUGCACUGGUUAGAUCCCUCUGUGGAUUCCUCUGUCUGUCUGCCUUUCUUUCUCUCUACAGUUCUGAGGAGUGUUUGUGUAGUGUAGUGAGUAGCGACGAUGGCUGAUCCCACGUCUUCAGAUUACUUCAGCUGCCCACUGUGUGUGGGGCUGCUGAGGGACCCCGUGGCUAUCCCCUGCGGACACAGUUUCUGCAUGGACUGCAUCAGCGGCUACUGGAAUGAGGCAGACUACACAGGGAUCUACAUCUGCCCCCAGUGUAAGAUCACCUUCACCCAGAGGCCUGUGCUCAGGCCCAACACUAUGCUCACCAAGGUGGCAGAGAAGAUCAAGAAGACUGGUGCCAACCUCAACCUGAACCUCACACCCCCAGGGAACACCUUUGCUGGGCCUGCCGACGUGCCCUGUGACUACUGCUCUGGUAAGAAGCUCAAGGCUGUUAAGUCGUGCCUGAACUGCCUGGCCUCAUACUGUGAGAAGCACCUGAAGCCCCACUAUGAGUCAGCCACAUUCAAAAGGCACAAGCUGGUGGACGAGCUGGGGAACCUGGACAGAAAGAUCUGCCCCCAGCACCAGAAGUCCCUGGAGCUGUUUUGCCGGACUGACCAGAUGUGUAUCUGUGCCAUCUGUACUGUCAGCGAACACAAGGGACAUGACAUCGUCUCAGCCGAGGCAGAGAGGAGUGAGAAACAGAAACUCCUGGGAGUUGCUCAAGCUGAGAUCAGACAGAAAUGUCAGGACAGGGUGAAGGAGCUGGAAGAACUGAGAACAGCAGUGGACUCACUAAAGAGCUCAGCCCGGAGGGCCAUGGCGGAGAGUGAGAAGAUGUUUGAGGAUAUGAUCCGCUCCAUCGAGAGAAUGAGGUCAGAGGUGACAAAGAUGAUUGGCAUCAACGAGAAGGCUGCAUUCAACCAGGCUGAGGGGCUGGUGGAGAGGCUGGAGCAGGAGAUAGAUGAGCUGAAGAAGAAGGAGACGGGACUCAAACAGCUGUACAGCACUGAGGACCACAUCCACUUCCUACAGAACUUCAACUAUCUGUGUACUCCCACGGAUGAUGGCUUUAUCCCCAGAGUGUCGGUGAACCCAGACUUCUCGUUCAGCGCAGCCAGGAAAGCCGUGGCAGAGAUCAAGGAUCGUCUGGAGGAGCUGGGUAGAGAGGAACUUGUGAAGAUCUCCAAGUCAGUGAACGAGGUCCCUGUUUAUACGACAGAAAAGAGAGAGAAAAGCAGCAGAGUCAUAGAAGUCAUGACAGUGGACAGCCCUCCUCCACCAGAGCCCAAGACCAGAUCAGAGUUUCUGAAAUACUUCUGCCAGCUGAGACUGGACCCCAGCACAGCCUACAAGGAGCUACACCUGUCGGAGAGCAGCAGAAAGGUGAUCCGAACCAGGGACCUCCAGCCCUACUCUGACACCCCGGAAAGGUUUGACAGCUUUGCGCAAGUGCUGUGCCGCGAGGCCCUGUCUGGUGGCCGCUUCUACUGGGAGAUCGAGUGGAGCGGGGAGUUCUCCAUGGGGGUGGCCUAUAAGGGAAUCAGCCGCAAGGGGAAAGGAUCACUGUGUCUGCUGGGCUAUAAUGAUAAGUCUUGGAGCCUGCUGUGUUCUGAUACAGGGUACUCAGCCUGGCACAACAGGGCAGAUAAAGCCAUCAAUGCGCCCCAUUCACCGAGGAUAGGGGUCUACCUAGACCACUCGGCAGGGGUCCUGGCCUUCUUCAGUAUAGGCAACCACAUGACUCUCCUGCACAGGUUCGAAACCAUGUUUGUGGAGCCCCUCUAUCCCGGCUUUGGAGUUGGAACCUCGGUCAAGAUCUGUCAACUCAAAUGAACACUAACAUGUGCCUCUUAUUCCUUGGUGAAAAAUAUAAUCAGUUUUUUAAAGGACGUUUUGGUUUAUUUUUCACACGGUUCACUAAGCAUCAUUUGUCAUUUGUUUUGUUUUUCUUUGAGACUGACUGUGCCACAUUGCUCUAUCCAAGAGUUCUAUUUUAUGAAUUUUCUAAACAUUUGAAUGAGCAGAGGUCCUAAUAAUUACAUUGUAUGUAAACAUAUAACCUUUAUCUGACCAAGUAUUCUUUAUCUAAUGGUAUUUUGGAAAAACUAGUAUCUACAUGGCCAAAUAAAUGUGUUUGUACUGUAUGUAACAGUUAGCUUUUUAUGACAAUAACUAUUUUCACUAAAGAUGAAAUGACUACUCAUAUAUAUACACACACACACACACAUACAUAUA